UAGCAGAGUUCACGAGAGCUAAAGCAAGGAAGGAAAUGGAGCCACUGGAGCGGAUCAAGUCUGGCUUUGAACACUUCAAGAAGGAGGUCUACGAGAAGAAGCCCGAUAUGUUUGCUCAGCUCAAGGAGGGUCAAAGCCCCAAGUUCAUGGUGUUCGCGUGCGCCGACUCCCGCGUGUGCCCGUCGGUGGUGCUCAACUUCCAGCCCGGUGAAGCCUUCGCCGUCCGCAACAUAGCCAACAUGGUGCCUCCCUACGACCAGACUAAGUGCUGUGGUGCCGGAGCAGCCAUCGAGUACGCUGUGCACCAUCUCAAGGUGGAGAACAUAGUGGUGAUGGGUCACAGCCGAUGCGGUGGGAUCAAGGGGCUCAUGUCCAUCAAGGACGACGGCACCACCAGCACUGACUUCAUCGAGGACUGGGUGAAGAUAUGCAAUGCGGCAAGAGAGAAGGUGAAGGCGGAGCACUCGGCACUGUCUUUGGAAGAUCAGUGCACUCGGUGCGAGAUGGAGGCUGUUAAUGUGUCCCUCCAAAACCUAAAGACCUAUCCCUUUGUGAAAGAAGCUGUGGAGAAGAAUUCCCUGAAGUUGAUCGGAGCCCACUACGAUUUCGUUAGUGGCAGCUUGGAGACAUGGGAGAGCUGAGCCGAUCGAUCCUUCACCACUUGGCGCUGAGGAUCCCAUGUUUCUCAGUAAUAAAUCAUGAUUUUGAUUGAUUAAGGUGUCUUUAAAUUAUCACGUUUCAUUUGGUUCUUAUUUACCAAUAUCUAUCUAUGCAACAAUUUUGGUGUUCAAAAGAUUCGUUGAUCUUGAAUCAACAAUUUAACAUAUUUUAAUAUUUUGAGAACAGUUAAUCCAGUUUAUUUUCUGAAAGAGAGAAAAAUAAGCUGCAUUACUGUGCGUCAUUGAAUCUGUCUUUGCACUGGCAAACAGUAGUAGAGG